AGAAAUCCGUUUUGGAUCAUCCGCGUAUCAGCUCCAUCGAUAAACUCUUCCCAUUCCAUCUUUCUUUUAUUCAUUUUCUUCCUUGUUGGAUCAAAUCUGGUUUUAAAAAACUACUUCGCGGUACAAGUAGGCUUCUUGUAGUAGAUGUCUGUUCUCCAUCUCCCCGUUAGGAUUUAAACAUUUUAAGAGAAUCAAUCUUGAUGGGGGUUUUAACUCGAUGAUCCACCGUGUGGGGACAACUAAAAACAUUUAAACAAGGUGCGAUGCGUUGUAUAGUAUAGGGAACUUAACCAAGGUAAAGGAUUGGAAGCCAUGGCCUUCGCUGGAACAACCCAGAAAUGCAUGGCCUGCGCCAAGACUGUGUAUCUGGUCGAUCAGCUCACUGCUGAUAACCGUAUCUACCAUAAGUCCUGCUUCCGAUGCCAUCACUGCAAGGGAACCCUCAAGCUUAGCAACUAUAAUUCCUUCGAAGGAGUUUUGUAUUGUAGGCCACAUUUUGAUCAACUUUUCAAGAGAACCGGCAGCCUGGAUAAGAGUUUUGAAGGGACACCAAAAAUUGCAAAACCAGAGAAGCCUGAAAGUGAGAAUGCAACCACCAACAAAGUCUCAAAUAUGUUUGGGGGCACCAGAGAUAAAUGUAUCUGCUGUAAGAAGACUGUGUAUCCCCUUGAAAAGGUAACGGUGGAUGGAAAUGCAUACCAUAAAAUCUGUUUCAAGUGUACCCAUGGAGGUUGUGUUAUCAGCCCAUCCAACUAUAUUGCACAUGAGGGUAAACUCUACUGCAGGCACCAUCACACUCAACUCUUCAAGGAGAAAGGCAAUUACAGCCAACUUGAAGGUGACAAUGAGAAGGAGCCAGCGAAGGAGACAGUCAAUACCGUGGAAGUUGCAGCUGAAUCAUAAUCUGUUGGAAGAUUUUCUAUCAACUCUCUUAUUUUGUUUCUCCCUCUUUUGAUGUUGCUUGAGUCUCAUACAGGUUUCCCCUUUAUUUCCAUAGUCCAAUCAGUUGCUCUACUUAUAAGAUGGCAUAUUAAUAUUUCCAAUUAAAAACUGUCUUUUGUCCUUGUGGAAGCUCAACUGAGAUGUGUCUGGCCCAUUUUCUGUAUGGAAAAAAAAGAAAAGUUGAUUCUUACCAGGUUUCUAUUGAACUUGAAUAAAUUCGAGUGAUUUCAAAA